GAGUGCAGCUUUCCAGAUUCCUGGACCAGCUUCUUGUACAUGGCCACUUUCCAGGAAUUCUGAACUCUGUAACAGACACGUAGCUAUAAAGGUGAUAUUAGUGGAGGGAUGGCAUGAUUUAGACAACAAAGACUAUGACUGCUGGCCCCUGGAAAAACCAGAUGAAUAUAACAUGAUGGACUGUGGAGGUCUGGAGAUGGCAUGGGUGCAAAAGCCUCCAGAAACGGCAAUAAGUGGGGAAUUCUUCAAUGUGACCUAUGCAGUCUUCGCUUCAGAUGGCUUUUAUCAAUACGCAGUACAAAAUGGAAUCCUUUCUCACAGCAAUGCUACUGCUGCAAAAGAAUUCUGUGAGGAGCAUGAGUGCCCUGCCAGCUGGAAAGAUGCAAAUGAUGAGAACUGCUGUGUCCACCAUGCCAAUAUUCACUCCUGUCCUUUGGCCUUCAUGGGUAGAGGAGGAAUAUGUGGUCCAUGGAUUCCUGAUGAUGGCCAGAUAUUUACUCACACUUUGUCGACCGCUGGCAAAAUGAGCCAAAGAAACUGGACUGCCAAGGUUGUUUUGGUUCAUGUGGGUGUGACUUCUCUCAUUGCACACAUCAGAGUUGGGAGAAUGCAAGUUGCUCUGGAAGCGAAAACCACAGUCCUUCCUGCAGUAGUUUGUGGAGAUGGCUUUUGUGAGGAAGAAGAAAGCUGCUCUAUCUGUCCAGCAGAUUGUGGAGAAUGCCCUCUGUCUGCUGAUGCUAGGAUAGCAAUUGCCUUACCUAUAUGUUUAGUUUGCAGUGGCUUCAUUUUGACAGUCAUGUGGUUUCAAUAUCAGAAACAAAAGAUGCUUUGGGAUGAAAGCUGGAUUAUAGAGUUCGCCUGCAUCAAACAAGAUCACAUACUCUGGACAGCAACAGGAAGCGUGAUGAGUGCUCCCCCAGCACCAAGUGAAUCCAAUGCCAGCUGUAUCACUGUUCUGAGCUCCUGCACUGCAGCUGCUAAUGCAUCCAAGAAACAGCACUUCACCCAGACUGGGAGAUAUGAUGGUAGAACAGUGGCCAUAAAAAAGAUAAUGAAGAAGGCAUUCACCCUAUCCAAAUCCAUACGUAAGGAAGUAAAGCAAGUAAGGGAACUUGACCAUCCCAAUCUCUGCAAAUUCAUUGGCGGUUGUAUAGAAAUACCAAAUGUUGCCAUAGUGACAGAGUACUGCCCCAAAGGCAGCCUUCGUGAUGUUCUGCUCAAUGAAGAUAUUCCUUUGAACUGGGGAUUCAGGUUUUCUUUUGCUACUGAUAUUGCCCAAGGAAUGGCCUAUCUUCACCACCACAAAAUGUAUCAUGGACGGUUGAAGUCUAAUAAUUGUGUAAUAGAUGACCGAUGGGUUUGUAAAAUUGCAGAUUAUGGCUUGCAGUUGUACAGAAAAGAAGAUUCAUCUGAGGGGUGCCAGCAGCACUUGAUACAGAUGUACACAGCUCCUGAAAUCCAUUCCCUUUUGGAUUUUGAACCCAAUUCUAUGACAGAUGUAUACAGUUAUGCCAUCAUUUUACUAGAAAUUGCCACAAGAUGUGACCCUAUGCCAAAAGAUGAUGUGCCUUCAGCGGAAUGUUCUUGGUGUCUACCGUUAGCAGAAUUAAUUUCAGGAAAGGCCGAAGAUUCUUGCCCGUGUCCCACAGAUUACACAGAGCUAAUCAGAAAGUGCAGAAAAAAUAAUCCAGUCCAGAGGCCUACAUUUGAACAAAUCAAGAAAAUGUUAAACAAGAUGAAUCCUAAUAAGGUUAACCCUGUUGACAUGAUGAUGACUCUGAUGGAGAAAUAUAGCAAACACCUGGAGAUGUUGGUUUCUGAGAGAACCCAGGACUUAAUGCAUGAAAAACAGAAGACUGAUCGUCUGUUGUAUAGUAUGUUGCCAAAACAAGUAGCAGAUGAUCUCAGGCAGGGAAAACGUGCACAAGCUCAAAGUUUCUUAAGUGCCACCAUCUUUUUCAGUGACAUUGUUGGCUUCACCCAGCUAUCCAGCAGCAGCACACCUUACCAAGUGGUAGAUCUCUUGAACAAGCUUUAUACCACUUUUGAUGAAAUCAUAGAUAACUAUGAUGUCUAUAAGGUGGAGACGAUAGGAGAUGCCUAUAUGGUUGUGUCGGGAGUACCCAAAGAGAAUGGGAUCCUUCAUGCUGGUGAGAUUGCAAGCAUGGCUUUAGACCUUGUGAAUGUCUGCAAGACUUUCAAGAUCCCACACAAGCCCAACACCCUCCUGAAGAUAAGAGCGGGAAUACAUUCGGGAGCAGUUGUAGCUGGGGUUGUUGGGACCAAGAUGCCACGGUAUUGUUUAUUUGGGGAUACUGUGAACACAGCUUCCAGGAUGGAAUCUACCAGUGAAGCUCUUAAAAUACAGUGCAGUUCAAGUGCAUACCAGCUGUUGGAGCAGAUCGGAGACUAUGUGUUAAUAUGUCGUGGGAAUUUACAAGUCAAGGGGAAAGGAGACAUGAUAACUUACUGGCUUGAAGGUAAGAAAGCGUCUGCCACUCAGAAGACAAUCCCCAGCCCAUCUGUGACUCUUCAAGAUCCCAACAGAGCUUCGUUUAGUUUGAUACCAGGUGUCCUUCAGAGUGACCCUAUCUCAAGUCCUGCUUACUAGCCACUCACUGACUCCAAUAUCCAGUCUGCUUUCAGUCUGUUAGUUGAUUCUUCUGAUUCAGAAAGUGAGAAAAUAGAAUGCUCCUUUGGCCUUGUGGAUGUCGUAGCUCAGACUGUCUUCUGUUGCCACUGUUACUCUAGUGGCAAGAAAAGUACAAAAAAAGCAAAAACUCAUUUUGGGAAGUGAUACUUAACACUGGCAGUUUCACCAGCUGUUUGGGCAGAAGCUAGCUCUCAGUGUUAACUGUUGAUUUGGUUUUGCCAACAGCCUCCAUCCCUUCACAACCAGGUGGCUGGCCAGUCCAGACUGUAGCAGCUCCCACAGAAAAGAAAGAGACAGUGUAGUGUUGCUGUUGAAUAGUCUGAUAGACCUUGUGGGUAUCAUUGGUUUUGUGGUGUAAAAGGAAAAAGGAAACAUAGAUUGUGUCAGAAAACAAGGCCCAGUGAACAAAGGAAUGAAGCCGUGCAAGCAUACGGAUACAAGUCCAAAUGAGAAUCUGGGCUCUUGCUUCAGUCUCUCAUCACCUGGAGCACAGAAAGAAGAAUAAGAAGAAAGCUUAUACUGCGUAGCCUCAACACUUAGUGGUACCUUCCAUUUUACUACAGAGAUCUGAAACUUCAGGAGAGAAAUGGAAAACAUUACAAGCUGUUAAACGGAAGACAGUCCAUUACGACUGCUCUUGUCUUUGGUUGCUCUGAGAUAUCUCUGAAAAGCUGCACUUAACAUUAGCUUGCAAGUAACGUUAACUAAUGCUAACUACGUUAACAAAACAACUUAUGGAGUUGCUUUGAUUAAAGCAGCUGUGAACCUCCUGCUACUGGCUAGAUGUCUGACUGUGAAAUCAGGAAGGCUUCGAGUCACUGUGUAAUUUAGAAAAGGUCAUUCCUGAACAAGCAUUUCCUGUAAAGGGAGAUGCAUCACUACAAGUGGAGUAAUCUGUUGAUGAACAUGUUUCUGUAAGCAGUGCUGGUGUUGACUUUCUUUAAAGACAAAGCAUAUGCAUGGUGAACCAUGCUUGUACUUUUUCAAGUUCUGUUUAUUACCCUCCAGAACUAAUUUAUUUUUGAAGGGUUUAGUCAGUAUAGCUGAACCGAUUAACAGUGCAAUAGAGUUAGAUGUGUGAUAGAGGGAAGAAAGCAUAAAAAGUCACAGCAGUUUCGCCAUAAUGUGAUCUGGACUGCCCCAAACUAACUGGGAAGAGGUGAGAAAGAAGCACUAUAAGUGAUGUAGCAGCAUUUACUCCUCCUCCUUCUAAAUUAGUUUAGCAGACAUUUAUAUGGUGAUAAAUACUACCUUCAAAAAUGAGAAAAAUGUUGGCUAGGUUUAGUCUGAGCUACUAAAAAAUUAUUAUUAUAAAUUGUAGCAUCAGGCACAAGACAGGCGAAAAUUAUUGGCUGGCACAGACUAGAAGCAACAUUUGCCUUUCACUUCAGUCUAAAUCACACUAGCUGCAACACCUUCCAUUUCACUCACAAAUAAUAUAUUAUUCAAAAUAGAAUGGAGCAUUCUUUGGUAAAAAACUAUUUUAAAGGAGGAAAAUGAACAAUACACAGAAACAAAGAGUGACAGAAACCAAAGUUAAGUAGGAAUGUGGUCUAUUAUUCUGUGUUACUGCACAAACACUGCUUGCUUAAAUGUGCAUAGUUAGAAGGGUUGGUGUAUACCUCACACAUGGAAGAUGGCAGUAAAGACCUCAGUCAGCUCUGUGGAAUGAAGUAACUAGGUAACUGUUUUGACCUAGGAUGGUCUCAGUUCCACCUCAUCUGUUAACAGAGUGCAAAGAUCCCAAUGUGAGCCCUGAUGGCAUCUUGUCCUCUUACUCCUACUAAAAAUCAGCAAAUUCUUUUGCAUAUUUUUCUGUUAGAGACGCACGAAUAUCUUCUUCGUAGUCGGCAAAGUUGCUGGUAUCUUCAGGGCCUCUGCGCUUUGGUAUGAAUGGAGCUUCUACCUUUCUCUGAUAAAUGGCAGUCCAAUCUGUAGCUGCAAACCAGUUGUGGUUCUUUAUGUCAUUUACACCAUUCUGGAGAUUUCCGUAUCGUCUGGUCGAAUCUACCUGGAGUAAAUGUCUUCAGAGAUCCCUUAGGUCUGAACUGAAGCGUGGUGGGAACUUCACCUUGCCAGACAAAAUCUUGUCAUAAAUUUGAAUGGGUUGAUCUGCCAAAAAUGGGGGAUAUCCAGCUACCAUUUCAUAGAUUAACACUCCUAAUGCCCACCAAUCCACUGCCUUGUACCCCUUGCUGAUAACUAUUUCAGGUGCCAUGUAUUCUGGAGUCCCACAUAAUGUCCAAGUUCUUCCUUUUACUCUUUUUGCAAAGCCAAAGUCCGUGACUUGGAUGUGUCCUUGCUGAUCAAUUAAAAUAUUUUCAGGCUUUAGGUUCCUGUAGAUGAAGUCUUAUGAAUGGAGGUACUCAAAUGUUAGCACUAUCUGAGCUGCAUAAAAGCAUGCAUGUGGUUCACUGAACCUUCCGAUUCUUCUUAGAUGUGAGAACAUUUCACCACCAGGAACAUACUCCAUUACCAUGUAUAAAUUAGAAUUGCCCUUAAAAGAAUACUCCAGUUUUACAAGGAAAGGAAAGUUCACUGCUUCUGAUAUUCUCUUUUCAUUCAGUGUGUGUUCUAUCUGCUUCCGUUUGACAACUUUCUGUUUGUCCAGUGUCUUCAUGGUAUAAUACUGUUCUGUGGCCUUACACUUCACCAGCAUGACUCUCCCAAAUGAUCCUGUUCCAAGAGCUGUGGAGUCUCCUCCUCUGGAGAUGUUCAAGACCUACCUGCACGCCAAGCUGUGCAGCCUGCUGUAUGGGGCCUGCUUUGCAGAGGGUUGGACUUGAUGAUGUCUAGAGGUCCCUUCCAGCCCCUACAACUCUGUGAUUCUUCUUCACCCUCUGUUCUGUUACUGAUCCUGAGUAUGUUUACAAAAACAUUCACGUAGAAGCAAUUUUUCUGGUGUAAACUUAUGUAGCUUAAAUAAGCAGCUGACUAGUUGUCCAUGUACCCAUACAGUUAGCAUACUUUUAAUGCUGAAUAUGUGGUACAUGAUAGUAAUAAGAGAUUGACAUUAGUGCCUUCUUCACCUUCAAUGGGAAGUAAAUGCAGCAAUAACAUUAGAUUUUUCCAGGACACCUACCAAGUAGAAAUAGAAACCUAAACUCUUCUAAAGUCCACAAAAGAAGUAAAACAUUCUAAGCAAAAUUCUGUCUCAGAAGUCAAUGGGAAUACUGCCACUUGAAUGGGACCAAAAUUUCAGUAAGUAACACAUGCAGAGCUGAUCUUACCACUUAAGAUCCCAAUGUGGAAGCAGUUAUAAUUUUAAAAAUGAUGAAUUUUAAGUUGAUUUCACAGUGUUUGUUCUUUUUCAAAACUUAAAAGAUUCCUUUCUCUUUUUUUGAAUUUUGUAUUAGUAUGUGAUACAGUGCAGUUACUUUAUUUGUAAUCUUAGCAAAAUAAACCUUUCAGUUAUCCAGAGUCCAGUGCUGACCUUUCAUAAAAUCAUCUCCUUUAUCCUAAUGCUGCCUAGAUAUUGAAGCUCUCUUCUGUAUUAUAGUUCAACAUGACGCAUAAUAUAGUUAAAAUUAUUCUUUUAAUGAGUUAACGUGUUUUAAGCUUUUAGGAAAGCACGUAUCAAAGGCUCUUUUAUCAAAUACAAAUGUGAAAGCAUGUUCUUGAUGUCCAUUUGUCCACUGCAGUUUUGAUUCAGCUUUAAUCUGCUUUGUAUUGUUUUUAGAAUUAAAAGCUUAACAAUUAA